UCGUGAAUGAAAAGAAGGAGCUCGGAGCGGCUCGGACUUGGGGGCUUUAGCAGAAUGCCUGAUAGGGGUUUUCGAAAGGACCCGGCGACUUUAUAUUCAUCUCAAAUAUAAAGAUGUGUGACGGCCUUUUAAGCUUCCAUUUACCCUUAGGUAACGGCCGUCUCCGCGGAGUAGGGGAUUUGAUGGCAACGGCCCUUGGCAGCCAGCUUCGGAUCAGGCUCCGGAGUGGACGCCCCUAGCGGAGGGGUCCUCCGGGCAGCCGCAGGCCGACGGCCGAGCGUAGCGAUGGCGCCUGGACCCGGCGGGCGGCUCGGACCGGCGCUGCGGCUGCGGCUGCUGCUGGCUGCGGUCCUUCAAGCGGUGUCUACAUUCGGGGCAGAGUUUUCAUCAGAAGCUUGCAGAGAGUUAGGCUUCUCCAGCAACUUGCUCUGCAGCUCUUGUGAUCUUCUUGGACAGUUUAACCUGCUUCAGCUGGAUCCUGACUGCAGAAGAUGCUGUCAGGAAGAAGCACAAUUUGAAACAAAAAAGCUUUAUGCAGGUGCUAUUCUUGAAGUUUGUGGAUGAAAAUUGGGGAGGUUCCCUCAAGUCCAAGCUUUUGUCAGGAGUGACAAACCCAAACUAUUCAGAGGACUACAAAUCAAGUAUGUUCGUGGUUCAGACCCUGUAUUAAAGCUCUUGGAUGACAACGGGAACAUUGCUGAAGAACUAAGCAUCCUCAAAUGGAACACAGACAGUGUAGAAGAAUUCCUGAGUGAAAAGUUGGAGCGCAUAUAAAUCUUGCUUAAAUUUUGUCCUACCUUUUUGUUACUUCAUCAAAUGAAAUAUUUCAGUACCUAGAGAAUAUUUUAGUUUUGCUUCCUUCUGAUCAGUCCUGGUCUCUGAGGCAUUAAACAUCUAAUUAACAGUGAAGUGGCAGCACAGCCCUUGGUAUCUAAGGAGUUGGCAAGCUUAACAAAACCCAGUUUUCAAUAGAUUUCCAUCCUUCUACAUUUGUUGAUACCACUAAUGAAAUGCUUUGUAAUAGACUUGGCUAAUUAUGCAAAUGAUGGUUUGUAAUAAUUGGUCCAGUUUUACAAACAACAGAUUUUUAGAUUAGGGAGGUUAAUAAGGGAGAUGCCUACUGUGCCUCUUGCGUGUGCUGGGUGCUCUUUGAAAGCAUCAGCAAAAACUACAAAGCAAGUAAGAUCUGAGCCUCAACAGAUUGCCUGGUUCUCAUUCUCCCAGCUUUCUUUUUAAUAGAAAUGUUAUAGUUCAUAAUGAAUGUAUUGCAUUAAAACUUUAUGGCUUUAUUAUUGUAAAACAGAUUCAAGAUACAGUAAGAGUGAAACAUUCACAGAGAUUUGCAUUAAUGAAGACUACACAGAAAACCUUCAGGAGGAUUUGUGUGGAUCUGAUAUUUAGCAAAAUUUUGUGUUUCACACUCUUACAGAAAAAUCAGAAAUAAUCAUUUGUUUAAGACCAAAAUAUAAAUAAAGUUUUAAAAAAAAUCAAUGAGAAUUUGAAAUUCUUCUGAUUUAUCCUCAUGUUUAUUCUCAGUACAUUUUUAUUUUUCCAUAGAAGCUCUCCCUAUUUUAUCCAAAUGUUAAAAUGGCUACACUGUGUCAAACUUAUUGUGGGUAAAAUCUCUUUAUACUUGUGUAGCAGCUUCUUGAAGUGCUUUCUUCUGUGAAUGCAUUUUUAUUGAUAUCUCUUUUAAGGAUAGCUUUUAAAAUGCAGAAUUUUUAUGAGCUAUUAAAAAUUAUUUUUCUUGCUUG